AUGCCAUCCGUGCCCGAGAAGUUGCAGGCGGCAUGGGAGAAGGUGCAGCCGUAUGCCAAGACCGCACUGCACUGGGGCUACAUUCCGGCGAUCAUCGCUGUAGGCAUGCUGUACACCGAGCCGCGUCCGUCAUGGGGCCAGCUCCUGGGGCCGAUGUAA